UGCUCGUCCUCCGCCCGUACGAAGGCGCCGCCUGCUGACCCCCGGGACGCGGCCCCAUGGAGACGCCGCCGUCCGCGGCUGGCGCUUGGCGGGGAGUUGUGACAGGUGCCUUUCUGCAGUCCGAGAUAUGAAUGGCCCCUGUGACACGGACAGGCUUAUCCAGGAAGCCAACUCCAUCAUGAGUUUGUGGGGUCCUGAGGACAGCUACAGCUGUCAGGGAACCCCCCAACCAGCCCAGGAACCUGCCACUGAAGAGGCCUUGGCUUCAGAGCUGCAAAUGAAGGUGGACUUCUUCCGGAAGCUGGGCUAUUCAUCCUCUGAGAUCCACGGAGUCCUACAGAAACUGGGGGCCCAUGCAGACACUAACACCGUGCUCGGGGAACUGGUGAAACAUGGCUCAGCCUCGGAGCGGGAGCACCAAGUCCCACCAGACUCCUGCCCUCAGCCCCCUCUGGUGCCUCGGGGUGGGGGCACCCCUAAGGCUCCCGCCCUGGAGCCCAUACUCCCAGAAGAGGACAAAGAAGGCAGCCACCUGAGGCCUGUGGUCAUCGAUGGAAGCAAUGUGGCCAUGAGCCACGGGAACAAGGAGAUCUUCUCCUGCCGGGGCAUCCUGCUGGCUGUGAACUGGUUUCUAGAGCGGGGCCACACCGACAUCACAGUGUUUGUGCCAUCCUGGAGGAAGGAGCAGCCUCGGCCCGACGUGCCCAUCACAGACCAGCACAUCCUUCGGGAACUGGAGAAGAAGAAGAUCCUGGUGUUCACCCCAUCUCGGCGUGUGGGUGGCAAGCGGGUGGUGUGCUACGAUGACCGCUUCAUCGUGAAGCUGGCCUUUGAGUCUGACGGCGUUGUCGUCUCCAAUGACACCUACCGUGACCUCCAGAAUGAGAGGCAGGAGUGGAAGCGCUUCAUAGAGGAGCGGCUGCUCAUGUACUCCUUCGUCAAUGACAAGUUCAUGCCCCCUGAUGACCCCCUUGGCAGGCAUGGGCCUAGCCUAGACAACUUCCUGCGUAAGAAGCCACUGCUUUCUGAGCACAAGCAGCAGCCUUGUCCCUAUGGGAGGAAGUGCACCUAUGGGAUCAAGUGCCGAUUCUUCCACCCAGAGCGGCCAAGCCGCCCCCAGCGCUCUGUGGCAGAUGAGCUCCGUGCCAACGCCCUCCUCUCACCCCCCCGGACCCCCGGCAAGAACAAAAGUAGCCAGCGGCCUUCACCUACCCCGAAGUCCACAUCCGUGCCACUAGACAGUGAGCACAACAGCCUGGAUGGGAAGAAGCUGGGGGUCCAGGCAUCCCCAGGGCCCCACCAGGAUGGCCUCACACCAGCCUUUGCCCCAGCAGGCAGGAGCCUUCCACUUAGUGGUGGCGGUGGCAGCAGUUUUGGGCCCAAAGACUGGGUCCCCCAGACCCUGGAUUCACUCCCAUACACCUCCCAGGACUGCCUGGAUUCUGGCAUUGGCUCCUUGGAGAGUCAGAUGUCAGAACUGUGGGGGGUGCGAGGAGGGGGUGCUGGAGAGCCAGGCCCCCCUCGAGGCCCUUACUCUGGCUACCGCCCCUAUGGAUCUGAGCACCCUGCUGCACCUGCCUUCCCUGCUUUUGGCCACUUUAGUGUCCCCGCUGACUAUGCGCCUCCCCCACCUGCCUUUGCACCCCGAGAGUACUGGUCUGAGCCAUACCCACUACCCCCACCAACCCCAGGCCUUCAGAAGCCCCAGAUACCCAGCACAGGGGCUGGCCGCACCCCUUGGAGCAGGGCAGGCAGCCUGGCAAAGGAGCGGGCUGGUGUGUACACCAAGUUGUGUGGUGUCUUCCCCCCACACCUGGUGGAGGCUGUGAUGGCGCGUUUCCCACAGCUCCUGGACCCCCAGCAACUGGCCGCCAAGAUCCUCUCCUGUAAGCACCUCAGUGAGUAAGCCAGUGUGUGGCCCAUGGCCCACAGGCAUGGCAGGG